GGUGGCCGCCAUGCCGCGGUACUGCGCCGCCAUCCGCUGCAAGAACCGCGGCGGCCAGAGCGCUAAGGACCAACGCAAGCUCAGCUUCUACCCGUGAGUGGCCGCGGAGCGGGGCAGGGUCUGGGUGAGCGCUGGCCGUGGGGUGGUAGUGAGCCUCACCGCGGAAGUAAAUGACCGAAAGACUCAACGCCACGGGUCGACCGCGCUGGUGGUCGCCUUCGAACCCCGCCUGGUCCCAGGAGGCUGGAGGGAAACGACGCUGACCCCCCCUUGGGAAAGGGAAAGUGUAGGGAGUAAAGAGCGGAGAGCUGGGACGUAACCACACACACUGUCCCUCGCACAAGACAGACGGAGCUUCGGGGAGGGGGCGAUGACACGGCAGCGUUUAAGGACUCUGGAAUAGGUGCGGAGGAUCCGUGAACUGAAGAGCAAGGAGAUUCGAAUAAAAAAUAAAAUUUGUGCUUCUGACUAUGUUUCGCUGCUGCCUCUACGGAAGCGAUGUCCCAGCAGGGCAGGCAGUAGGGGAGACUUUGGCUAAAUGAUUCCCACUUCAUGAUAAGGAGAGACUUGAGAAAUGGUUGCGGAAUAUGAAGCGAGAUUCAUGGACUCCAAGUAAGCACCAGCUCCUCUGCAGUGAUCAUUUUACCCCCGAUUCCCUGGAUGUGCGAUGGGGGAUACGGUACUUGAAAAAUACCGCUGUGCCAACUAUUUUCUCUUCCCCAGAUGAUGAGGAAAAAGAUUCUUCUCAGAACAGUUCACAGCAGGUGCAGAAAAAAGACCAGGAAGAAACAAAUGUUAUGUCAGAGAAAGUAUCUGUACCACUUGAACCUUGUGCACCAAAGAAAAAUUCUGUAAUUGCACAAAAUGUAGAUGAAAAAGCAGAAGCUGUUUGCUCAACUGCUCUGAGUAAACCUUUACAAAUUCAAAACCUGCAGCUUCCUGAUGAAGGUGGCUUUCAGGCAGACAGUGUCAUUCUUGAUAGUUCAUCUAAGCAGUACAUGCAUCAGCCUAAUCCUGUUUUAAUGACAGCAGUCCAGAGCGCAGAGGCUACCAGUGUUCAUACUUCCAUAGAGAAUUCAGGAGGUUGUACAGCUACAGUCCUGCAAUUUACAGACCCUGACUACUUGAAUUCAUCUCUGAAACUGAACUGUGCUUUAAGGUCAUUUACUGACUAUGCAGUUGAAAAUUCUGUCCCUCACGUGGUCUGUUCUGCUGAAGUGCACACAAGUGAAGAUGCAGUUUUACUGAGUACAGUCACACAAACCAUUGAGCAGUUCAGUGGAAGUGAAGAGUCUGUCAUUGCUAUUAUUAUGCCAGUUGAGAGUCCAGAAGAGCCUGAAAGAGUAAAUGCUUCUUUCCUGCCUGCUAAGGAAGAGUUCCUUGACAUAGAGGAGACAGAGGUGAUUGAAUAUGAUGGAAAUGAAAUACUGCAGACUGAGCAUUCAUACUGCAGGCAAGACAUAGACAUAGAUCACCUUUGGCAAAAAAUUUCAAAACUCCACUCUAAGAUAACUUUACUUGAAAUGCAGGAGGUAAAAACUUUGGGGAGACUCAGGUCCUUGGAAGCUCUUAUUAGACAAUUGAAGCAAGAAAACCUGCUUUCUGAAGAAAAGCUGAAGUUGGUAGAAAACUACUUUACAACACUUGAAGUGACUAUGAUACAGUAAAGGCUUUCAGUUGAUGGUUCUAAAAUAUCUUUUUAGCCUCUUUGACUGUACUUUUGGACAAAUUAACUUUUUUUUCCAGUUAUGGUGUUUUAAACAUCCAAUGCAAAUCAUGUGAAUAGCAAAUAUUCUUUAAAAUGUUACAUCAAGCAAAGCUAAGUGGCAGAAUGUUGUCUGUAAAACACGACUGGCAAGUAAAAUUAAAAAACAACCCUGAAUUGGGCAAAGUUUUCUUAAGUGUGAAUCAAGUCAGUAAAAGAUAAUUUAACCCUUUCUUAGGUGCAGGCUUCCCUGAAACAUGCAAUGCCUGCAUUUGGGACAGCAGUAGAAUGGACAGAAUAAGCAUAUAGGAUGAAUAAUUAUAUAUGUACAUAUAUGCAUUGUCCAGUGAGGUCAAAAUUGCUCUUUAGUUUUCAGUUCAUCUAACAUUUGUUCUGAUAGUUUUCUGUACACUUUGAUCUUAUUAAAAUUGUUUCUGCGUGAA